AUGGAAGGAUUGGCAGAGUUAGAAAAUUUAAGUAUUGAAAGCUGUGAGGAGCUGACGACUUUGUGGUCAGACAAGGUGGGAUCAUUGCCACAUCUCCCAUUUUUGCAUUCUCUCGACAUUUAUAAUUGUCCCAAACUAGUCUCUUUGGUGGCUGAAGAAGUUGAUCAAGAGCGUCUCCAACUAUCAUUACCCAAGGCGUUGAUGUACAACAACAUGUGUCUUCAGUUUAUUGAAAUAAAGAAAUGUGAUUCGCUAACGCAUUUUGCCAGAAGCCAUCUGCCUCCAGCUUUAAAGAAGCUAUAUAUAAGCGACUGCAAAAGUAUGAGUAAUUUGGUAGAGGAUGAUGAUAAUGAUACAAACAACAGUAGUUGCAGCUGUGGCAUCUCAUCUCUUCUUGAGGUCUUGUACGUUAGCAAUUGUCCAUGUCUUGAAUUCUUAACAUCAAGCGGAGAAUUACCCGCCACACUUCAAUGCCUCGAUAUUUACAGUUGUCCGAAGCUGGAGUCAGUAGCUAAGAGUUUUCAUCAUAACUCGUUUCUGACAAGUAUCAACAUCUCCAGUUGUGAAAAUCUUCAAUUCUUGAAUGGUGGAGAGUUGCUCCCUUCCAACCUGAGACACCUUUAUAUAAAUAAUUGUGAGAAAAUGCAGGGACUGCAGAAUGGCAUACAUAGCCUCACCUCUCUUCGAGAUUUGGAAAUACGGAAUUGUCCGAGCAUUUUAUCAUUUUCCAAAGAAGGUUUUCCCACAAACCUAACAACACUUUCGAUCGCUUAUCUUAAAAUCACUGAAGCCUUGUUCGAUUGGGGGCUGGACAACCUCACUUACCUAGAUCAUCUUGAAAUUGGUGGAUGUCACCAUCUGGUGUCCUUUCCAGAUAUGACGUUGCCUGCCUCUCUAACAAGCCUCAGCAUUUCAGAUUUCUCGAAUUUGGAAUGCCUGUCUUCCGAGGGCUUAAGAAAACUCACCUCUCUUAAAACAUUGUGGAUCUUUGAAUGCAAGAAGCUAACGUGUUUUUCAGAGGAUGGCCUGCCUCCCUCACUCUUAGAGCUUGAUAUCUCUAAAUGCUAAAAGUUGAUGUCCUUACCAAAGUAUGGCCUACCUCCCUCACUACAGAAACUUACAAUCAAUGGAUGUCCUCUGCUGGAAGAACGCUGCAAGAAAGAUCAGAGAGGAGAGUGGCGCAGGAUAGCUGACAUCCCUUGUGUUCGAAUUAAUGGCAUAGACAUUUACGAUACAAAAACG